AUGCCUCGCCGGCAUGUAGAUACGGUGCAUGCGAAAAAGCGCAAAGCGCAAUCCGGCUGUGCGCCGGUUGGCAAAGGCGAACAGUUCCAAAGAACUGCCGGCGAGGCGGCAACCGCCGGCAACUGCCGGCAACUGCCGGCAACCGCGGCAACAGCGAUCGUAGCGGCGGUGGCGAACACAGAUCUGGAGCGGCUGGCGCGGCUGGCGUCCAUAAUGGACAAUUGCACGACGUCGCUGGCCGUGCUGUCCAAUGUAGUAUCAGUGGCGUGCCCAGAAGAGGUAGAGACUGUGCAGUACAUCACUCAUGUGCACGCGGAGGAUGGGCAGCAGGCGAGGUCGGCGAUGAGGGAUGUGGCCGCGGCAGCCAUUUUCGACAUCAUUCGGCGGCAUGUCCUUCAUGGCUGGGCCCUGGCAUUCCCGCUCCGGGAAUGCGUGGCGUUGCCCAGCGCGCGCGCGAACGAGAUUCUGCAGUCCACGUCGGCGGCAUACGGCCGCGAAAAGCAUGUGCUGUGCGGCGUCACGGUGAUGGACUUCGUCAGCAGGAACAUCCUGGGCAUCGUGGUGCAGGCGUUGGCCAGCACGCGCGCCUGGGCUGCAGAGCAGGGACUGCUUCUGAGGGCGGAGCAUGGUUCGCCCUCUGGGGACGGGCUGGUGUUGGCGGGCGGCUGCAUUCACAACGCGCUGCAGCCCGUGCCUCAGCGAUUGUCGGGGGCGCAGGCUGAUGCAGACAUCUUCGCGCGUCUAUGCAACAUCGCCAACAUAUCCGAUGAAGACGCGGCGCACUUCUGGGCUUCGGUCAGCGUUUACGUGGUAAGCCUCCCCAGCACUUGCACGGCGGUGCAAUAUAGAGAAGCCCUACAGCAGCACCGGCUGCUGCCGGGCGAUGUGGAGCUGGCGGUUCUUGCCCAUGCUCUCAACAUUGCGCUUACAGUGUUUGACCCGGAUGGGCUGCAGAUCUGCUAUUGGGGCACCAGCACAGUGCCAACGGAAGUGUGCCUCAUCCGGCAGAUGGGCCUCGCUGGCACCCCUGUGUCUUACUGCCUGCUGGAUAUGUUGCCGGAUGCUGAGCAACACAUUCCUGGGUACUUCGGAGCAUCCUGGCGCAGUGGCGCCGGCCACAGCCUCGGCAUCUCUGUGCAGCUUGCGGCUUGGAGUGCUGUCACAAGCGUGCUGCUGGCCAGUGCACUUGUGGUGUGCACCGUGUGCGGUGUCACCAGCACCGACCUGCACGAUGACCUCAAUGGCAAUGAGCGAGCAGAGUAUCUGGCCUUCCAUCCACCAGACUAUACCAAGGCCAUCGUGUCCUUGGACGCCAUCGACCAACUGCGGAUAGGCCUAGUGGAUGUUGGACUUGGUUUUUUUCCAGCAGCCUUUGGAUUUGUUGCUGGCAAGCUUCAGCAGCAGCAUUGCAUGGAAGCGCUGGUCUUGGAUUGGGCACACGACUCCACGCGCUGCGUCAACAUGCUGCCCCCGGCACUGCAGGAGGUGCUGGGAUGGAGCAUGCAGCACAACCCGCUCGUCAGGGAGUUCCUCACCGUUGCUGAACAAGUCCCGCCCAAUCACCCGUUGCCAUACCUUUCUCCAGCUGAUGUGCAAUCGUUUGUUGCCAGUGAGCAAGCCUGCAAACCACUUGUGCUGGCCACCCUGGAAACAGCAGAGGCAGCUCACUCGCUGAUAUCUGUGGUUGUGCCUGCCAUCCAGCAUGCAGCCAUGAAGCAUGCACCCGUGAUGUACACCGCGGGAACAUUGGUUCCGUGGGUGCCCACUCGGCCUGAGCUCAACCUGGCUGUUGCUGCAGACGGGAGCCCACUGGACUAUCAGUUUGGCCUGUCUGUGGAGAUGGCCAUGUUCCCCUAUCUGUUUCCCUUUGGUGUUGGCGCAUUUAUGGGCGGCACGACCUUGGUCAAGUACUUAGCAUACCGCGCCAAGUGCCUUUUCAGUGUGUGGAAAGCCGUACUUGCUGCUCAUGUAUGUGCUUCACCAGAGUGCCCAGCUGCAAGAGCAAAAUACAGAGGUGAGUGCAUGGCCGUGCUGGAGAGUGUGCUCCUCGACUACAAGUCCCAGCACCCUAACGCGAGUGAUGAGGACGCCAUCCGUCACAUUCUCAAGCACAAGCUGCCGGCCACGUUGCCCAACACGCCUGCAUGGCACCGCAGCAACCUUCAAGAUUUGCUGUGCAUGGUGGACCGCUUUGGCAUGCUGUCGUUCUUCGAACACUCACAACCGAUGAAGUGUCUCCCACACGCUGGCCCGAAGUCGAGUCGCUUCUGUGCUGGCUUCACAUGGCAAGACGCCCCAGCUGAGAAUGCAUUCAUCGCCCACAAGUGCAUGCAGUCCUUCAUGACCGACAUGCUGAAGGCGGGCCGCGGGGCAGUCCAGGCUGGCGGGGCCCUUGGCCGCGUCACCAACUGGGUGGAUGUGGACCGGGUAGCAUCGGAGAUUGUUGCCUGUGUGCCCGCUGUGUACCGUGGGGAUGAUAGCCAUCCAUUGUGCCCCUACACGGCAGAGUACUGGCAGCAGCCUGAAGAGCCCUGCCAGCACGACCUUUUUCAUCAUGUUUUGCGCAAACAGAUGCACAUCUGUUUGUCUGGUGGCCAUGCUGGCUGCUGUGCAUCUGGUGUAUGCAAGUACAAGUUCCCAUGGGCGCCAAACCAAGAGUCCACACCUGUCAUCGACCCUGCGACCCUGCGCUACCAGUACUACCGGCCAUCAUGGGUGCAUCAGAAUGUGGUCCCAUACCACCCCACCCUGGCACUGCUGUGGGGGGCCCACAUGAAUAUACAGCGGAUCAACUCAGGUGAUGUGCACAGGGGCUUCGAGCAGAUCCCAGGUGUGCUGGUUGCGGGGGAGGAAACUGCAGCGCGUGUGGGGACAGGAGGAGGCCGCUAA